UUUUAGUGCAGCCACUAGUGUUAGUCUAUUUGCUUUUUGGAGGUUUUAGCCCCAAGGCACAAGGUGACGCACGGAAUUUCUGUGGUUUUGGACUUGGAUUGGGGCGCAUUCGGCAAAAAAAUUAUUGGAAGAGUUUAUACAACAGGGACUCUUUCGGAAAGAGAAAAUGCCUUCUUCUAAUCCAGUAUACCAGCCUACUACAGUCACAUAUGAAAGGCAUAAAGAAUGGUCAACCAGCUACAUCACUGAACGUGUAUUUCCUGGCUGCUACCAAAAGCCACACCUUCAACGGUUACUGCUUGCUGGUGCCAUACUUCUAGCCAUUUUAGGAUUGGGUCUUGCAAUUUAUGCCUUGGUCAAUGAUGUCAACACACAUAAGGAUGAAUCUGCAGAUGUUGAACCAAUGCCAACAUUUGAUGAGAACUCGGAUGAGAACAUUGAACAAGAAGAGGUCCCAGAAACAAAUGAAUCACAUGAUCAUGAAACAAAUGUCAUACUUGGAUCAAUUGGCAUAUGUUUGAUCCUCAUUAGUCUUGUGAUGUAUGUGGUAUUUCUUCAACUAAAAGGCAUGUGCCGAGGAAUCUUACCACAGCAUCACAGUCAAAGAUCUGGAAACCUGAAUACUUCUGCUGGACAACCUGUUCACAGUGAAACAAGCCAUCAGACAGCUAUUAGCUACAAGGGAGUACAGCAAGAACCAGGUGCACUGAAUCUUGAACCUGCUGCUCCAAUUGAAGAGGAGAGACACUCACUAAUGGACAGUAAAUUUCAGAGUGAGGAUACAGAGCGGAUGAUGGAUGACGAUCCUCGUAUCGUUCUUAAGCCACUCCGCACAGCGGAAGAGGCUUAAUAGAUCGAUCAAAGCAAACAAACCAUCAUCACUAAAACUCACGUACAUCCCAUACCUACCUACAUACUAAGGUAAAAUUGGCCUAUAGGAUUAUCAUUCCCAAGCGCUUACCUUAGAUACCUAUUGGUAUAGGAGUAUGUUAUCGUAUUUUAGCGAUUUUGUUUGCACCGAAGCUGAAGCCCCUCCGAUUCCCAAACGUAGCCGCAGCACGCCUAGCCGCUUCUGCAAGCGAGGCCGAAUCGGCGCUCCUCUAGCUUCUACAGAAACUCUUUCCCCUUCGCUAGCAUCUUCAUUCUGUUCGGAUAUAAUCUUCUUCGACGACCAGUCCAGUUGUCAUGGCGACAUGGAUGAAUCGAGUUAUUCGCAGGUGCCCUCGUUAUAUUUACAGCCUUCGCCUGUACCUAGCCAUAGCGGAGGUCAUAGCGUUUGAUUAGCAACCGUAAUGGCGUCCCUUACUACGGUUCAUCUCCACCACAUCUCCCUACUUUCAAUAAUUUUCUAAUUACCGUUGCCUUGAAAUGAUUUUUGUAAUUGUUUCCACUCUCAAAAUUUGCGUGAGUUUUUUUUUUAGUGUUUUAACAUUUUGUAUUUUCCCUAACAUGAUGCAGCUUGUCGUUUAUGGUCUCCCAUUUUUGACUAAUCUCGCACAAAGGCAUUUUGCCUAAUGGGUUCUACUAAUAAUGGGUACUGCAGGUUAUUUUUCUCGUUGCGUUAAAUGUCGUUUUUUUCUUUAUCGUGUUCUCUAAAUAUAGGCCGAUAGCAGUA